UCUUCAGAGGAGUUUUCCAGGUAAAGCUCUCUACGGACAUUUACGUGAAUUUGGGUGGUCUCGACCUUUUCUGCUUUUGAAAGCUUUUGAUCAGCCAAUUUUCGACCAAUUUGCUCAAAUGCACCCUCGUGCUUUCCACGUCCUUGCCUUCGCAUUGAGUGCGGUCGUAAGGGCCGACUGUGACGAUAAAACAAAAUGGUACUCUGAAUUACGAUCCAUAAUCAAGAAUUGCCCAUCGGUGUCCCGGAACAGCUCCGACCAGGAUGAAUUGUUGGACAUUUUUAGAAGAUGCGUGCAGCAGAGAGCCAUCGACACCUUGGAUACCCUCUUCGACGAUGAUGUCAUUACGAUAUUCGACGGAGUCGAUCUGAUACGACUUCGUCCAAACGAUGAAAAUAAUACAGAAUAUAAAGACAAUUUUGCCGAUGGGUUGGGGGAGGAGGACACCAGCUGGUCGGCGAUCAUCUGGAAUCGAAUGACACGCGUCCUGCGGACUCACGCUUUCAAAAUUGACGUCGAUCGUAUAUUUAACACAGCUGCCAACAAUCCGCUAUCUGCGCGAAAUCCAGACAAUGAUAUCGUUCAAGGUCGAAAACGCCGUUACCGCCGUAAGAAUUACAUGUUCCCGUUGAUGAUGAUGGGUCUGCUAUUGAUGGGUUCGAUUCUAGUGCCGAUGGGUUUUCAAUUUCUCGCGGUGCUGGGCGGUAAGGCUCUGAUCCUCGCCAAAAUGGCCCUUAUACUGUCCAGCAUCCAGGGUCUGAAAAAGAUAGCCACUAGUGGCGUCGGAUAUGGGUUAUAUCACGUCCACGACAGGAGUCAUCAGGUGCUCCCCAACGAGGAAGAACAUUAUCCGAUAUAUGGUCCUCCGCGUCCUUAGUAUCCAAUUCGCCAAGCGAAAACGCGUUUCAAGUACAAGUCAUUCGAGAAAGUUUCAACGCCACGCGCAUUGUACUUUCGUCGAUAAUAUAGAGGCUAAAACGAGAAAGCGUAAUCGGAAUUACUUCCUGAAAUUGCAUUAUUCAUGGCGAUGCUCUUGAAUUUUAUCAAUAAUAACAUACAGCGAUUUGCUCUAUUUUUUUUUUUUUUUUCCGAGACAUUUAAUCAAUCGCCGCACAUUUGCAUUUCGCCGCAAGCUGUUUGAUUAUGCAAAGUGUUCUACAAUCUUCACUUGGCGCUAUACGCUACUUAUCGCACAGCGUAUAAUAGAAAAGCGGGUUUAUCAUACAGGCGUAUAAUAGAAGAGCAUGCUUGAGUUCGCCGUCGAACUUGGAAAAACUUUUUCGGUCUAAAGCAUUUUGCUCUUCCACAAACGUUUCUUUUAGUAUAUAUGAAUCUCAAUAAACUUAAUUUUUAUAGAUUUAAUAACUGUUACCAAUUGUACAAAUGACGUGCAAAGAAUCGAUAUUUGAAAGUAUAUUUACAACUUUGCAGAUUUUUAGGUCGCCGGCACCCACAUGUUGAUUUAUCUGCCGCGGUAGAAUUGCAAAUCGGCAAUUGUAUUACUGAUAGACUCAUAAAUAGACUGUAUUAUUAUUUGCAGUUUGUUUCCAUUCUCGUGACCGUCGUUUAAUCGUAAACAUGAGAAUUCAGUCGCGCGUUCUGUUCCGAAUGCGCGAGUCUCGUCGAGGAUACAGUCUGUCAUAUUAGAAUGUCGUUUGCACAUCUGAUUGUGAAAGGAAAAGAUAAUUAUUUUUAAUAUACGUGUACGCAUGCACGCAUGCACGGUCACUUAAAGUAUCCUGUCCGAGUCCUGUGCGUAUGCAUGUUUUAAAAUAAUAAUUCUUUUUCGUAUUUAUACGGAUGACGUUCAUAAGUACAAAUAUCGCAAUGUAGUAAUCACAAUAAUAAUAAUAUUAAUAAUAUGACAUUGUUCCGAUGCACGAGUUCUCUUGUAAAAUGCUAUGUUGUACUUUUAAUAGUUAUAUAAAUUGUAUGUAUGUUGAAAAUCGGCAUUCGUGUUAUGAUCCACCGCAAUUUUGAUGGAUUAUAACAGGCAACAAUUGCGGUUGUCGCGGUUAUUUAUUCACGAGUUUCGUCGAGAUACGUCGCAUUUAACUUCUAUAGAAAAGCAUGCUUACACAAUCUCCAUCAUUUACAUCUAAAUAGAUACCGUCAAGCAAAGCGAUUUUGACGUCUAUAUAGAUUAUCUUGGUUCUACCGUGUAUAGAAAAACCGAGAUCUGUAUUGAGACAUUGACCGAUAUUUGCUUCUGUAUUAAUUUCUGUAUUUAAACGUAUAGAGAAUAGGAUUACACGUUAAUAAACGAGCGAUUAUCAGUCA